AUGGCGACAUCUGCUCUUCUUGGUGUCAUUCCACUGAGAGCUUUUGAAAAGUUAAUUUUCUUCCUCAUUAUAGAUAGGUGGUGUCCAGGAGAAAGAUGUCUCGCUCCUUCUUCAGAUAACAAAAAGCUUUGUGAAGCAAGCAUAAAGUCUGUCACUGUGGACGAAAAUGGAACGCCAUGUGCAGUUGUCCUGUAUUCAGAUUUUCAAGAAAAGAAAAUACCUCUUCAAAGACUUAAAGAAGUAAAAUCAACUAAAGAUUGCUCCAGGAGUUUUAUAUUUGAUGAUGAAGAUUUAGAAAAGCCUUAUUUCCCAGAUCGAAAAUUUCCAUCAUUGGCUGAUGCUUUUAAAUUAUCAGAAGAUGGAGACUCCAUCCCUUACACCAUUAAUAGGUACUUAAGAGAUUACCAAAGAGAAGGAGCUCAGUUUCUCUACAGACACUAUAUUCAGGGAAGAGGGUGUAUUCUCGGUGAUGACAUGGGACUUGGAAAAACAAUACAGGUUAUUUCAUUUCUGGCUGCAGUUUUGCAUAAAAAGGGAACUCGUGAAGAUAUUGAAAAUAACAUGCCAGAGUUCUUACUAAAAAGCAUGAAAAAGGAACCCUCUUCUACAGCACAAAAGAUGUUCUUAGUAGUCGCUCCUCUUUCUGUCCUCUACAACUGGAAGGAUGAAUUGGAUACCUGGGGAUAUUUCAGAGUCACUGUUUUACAUGGUAGCAAAAAAGACAUCGGACUACUUCGUUUAAAGCAAAGGAAAUGUGAAAUUGCUCUGACAACCUAUGAAACUCUGCGCUUGUGUCUGGAGGAACUCAACAGUUUGGAAUGGUCAGCUGUCAUUGUAGAUGAAGCUCAUAGAAUCAAGAAUCCAAAAGCACGAGUUACACAAGUCAUGAAGGCUCUAAAGUGCAAGGUCCGCAUUGGCCUCACUGGCACCGUCCUUCAGAACAACAUGAAGGAGCUGUGGUGUGUUAUGGACUGGGCUGUGCCAGGGCUUUUAGGUAGCAAGAGCUACUUCAAGAAGCAGUUUUCUGACCCAGUGGAACAUGGCCAGAGACACACAGCAACAAAAAGAGAGCUUGCUACUGGCCGAAAAGCUAUGCACAGGCUUGCAAAAAAGAUGUCUGGCUGUUUUCUCAGGCGCACCAAGACCCUUAUCAAGGGUCAGCUGCCUAAGAAAGAAGACCGGAUGGUGUAUUGUUCUUUGACAGAGUUCCAGAAAGCUGUGUAUCAAACAGUGUUAGAGACAGAAGAUGUGGCUUUGAUCCUUCAGUCUUCUCAGCCUUGUACCUGUGGCAGUGGCCGGAAAAGGAGAAAUUGCUGUUACAAGACUAAUUCCCAGGGUGACAAAGUGAGAACUUUGUGUCUUAGUUACCUGACAGUGCUACAGAAAGUAGCUAACCAUGUUGCACUGCUGCAGACUGCCAGCACCUCAAAACAACAGGAAACACUUAUCAAGAAGAUAUGUGAUCAGGUAUUUUCUAGAUUCCCAGAUUUUGUGCAGAAAAGCAAAGACGCAGCCUUUGAAACACUUUCUGACCCUAAAUAUAGUGGGAAAAUGAAGGUUCUCCAGCAGCUUCUAAAUCAUUUUCGGAAACACAGAGAUAAGGUUCUUCUCUUCUCCUUUUCCACCAAGCUGCUUGACGUGCUGCAGCAAUACUGUAUGGCUUCUGGCCUCGAUUACCGGCGACUUGAUGGAAGCACAAAAUCAGAGGAAAGACUCAAGAUUGUGAAAGAGUUCAACAGUACAAAAGAUGUGAACAUUUGUCUUGUCUCCACGAUGGCUGGUGGACUAGGUCUCAAUUUUGUUGGUGCCAACGUUGUUAUAUUAUUUGAUCCAACUUGGAAUCCAGCCAAUGAUCUUCAAGCUAUUGACAGAGCAUAUAGGAUUGGGCAGUGUAGAGAUGUUAAAGUGCUUAGACUGAUAUCCUUGGGGACAGUGGAGGAGAUCAUGUACUUACGACAGGUCUACAAGCAGCAACUUCACUGUGUAGUGGUUGGAAGUGAAAAUGCCAAGCGAUAUUUUGAAGCAGUACAAGGAUCAAAAGAACAUCGAGGAGAGCUCUUUGGUGUCCACAACCUCUUCAAACUAAGGGCCCAAGGGUCAUGUCUUACGAGAGACAUCUUGGAGAGAGAAGGCCAAGUGGAAGCUGGCAUCAUGACAGCCACAACAUGGUUGAAAGGGGGACCUUCUGCCCCAGAACCAGAAACACCUAGAGACCCUGACUGUCAAGAACCUACAGAGGUUUAUGAGCUCUACAGUGACCUCAGUGAUGACGAGUCAGCAGGCCAUCCCCUUGGAAAGACUGCUGAAGACAGAGUCUGUGGCUCCAGUAGAACUCCAGGCUCCUCAGCACAGCUCACUUUGCUACAGUGUGGAUUCUCUAAAUUGUUUGAGGCAGACUGCAAGUCAGUACAGGAUGGCGAUGGAAACCCGACCUCUGGUGACGAAAGUUCUGAUGAACAGCCCACAUGCCCGUCACCAGAGGCCAAACAGACUGCCUGUCAGAAAACUCGGGACUCUGUUUGUACUUCAGAACAUUGGAAAUCAGAGAACAUCCAAAAUCCUAAUGAAAAAUGUGGUUCUGAUAAAAAUAAGACUUUAGAACAGAACAUUUCUUCUGAAUCUGAUGAUGAGAGAAAGUGUCACAGUACAGCUGGACUUGAUGGCAUGGGACAGAGUGACACAGAGUCAGAAGACAGUGAUGUCAUCUUUCCCACACAGUACCCAGCUCACAAUAACCGUAUACGCUUUAAGCUGUUGUUAGGUGGAUCUGAAGAUCCUAAAACAGGAAACCCUGUGAAAAUAAAUGGUGUUGAUGGUAGACCGAACAGUGGCAGAGGAAAUGAGCCAGUUUCAAAACUCUUGAGUCCUGAGAACAUGACCUCGAAACCUGUUAGGAGAAGAAAAUGUACGGAUGAUAUUAGUGAUGAAUCUGAUGACAUCGAUAUGUUCCCCAAGUCAAGAAUACGAACGCUUAAGAGAAAGAAGAAAAACAGAAGGGAGCUUUAUAAGUCUCCGACAACGGCAAAGGAUCCCAAACAAGUGUGGGCAACAGACGGGGGUUGUAGCUCUCAGGUCAUUGAUGAUUUUUCAUCCUCAGAUGACAAUUCGUCUGCCCACCACUUGAGUUUCUCUAAACUGAAUCACAAAGCAGAAACCAUAAAAGAUGAAAUCAGUUUGUUCCCCAAGCUGCCUGGCAUGGAUAAGAAAAAUAGCGCUUUUAUGCCAAGGGAACCAGCAAGCUUUUUAUAUGAAAGAGUUGCCAGUCAAGAGCAGAUGUGUGACUCAGUGGAUAAAAUAUUAGGUGGUGUUCAGGAAGUGGCGUAUAUCCACUCAAAUCAGAAUGUGAUUGGAUCAAGCAGAGCUGAGAACCACAUGAGCCGAUGGGCAACACGUGAUGUAUUUGAGUUGAAACAGUUUUCCCAGCUCCCUGCCAAUGUAGCUGUUUGCAGUGCUAAGGUAAGAAAAUUUAGUUUUUAAUCUCACUUUUCACCAGAGUUCCUCAACAGGGUCCUUUUUAUGCCUUCCAAAGUAUCUGUUGAUUCUUUUAAGAGAUGUACAACUAAGUGUGGAAAUUCUAUAUAGCAUUA